AUGGCUCACGAGUUCAUGUUAUUCGCCUUCACUUUGAUGGGAUUCCACUCAUCUUUCGUAAGUACUUGCUCAAUAUAUGCCAAAAUAUUAAAAAACCACCGUGGUUUGACGCUAGAUAAUGCUCUAGAACCAUCGUAAUACCUGUCUGCUCGAGAUACGUACAUUUGAUAUUUGAUUGAAACAACGGUAGCGUGUCGUAUCGCAACAUCUUCACUGCUUGAUAUAUGAUCCGGGCUGAAUUGGUUAUUCAACAGCUCAGUUUACCUCAUUUCGACCUGAGAACCUGAUUAAAUUUGGUAAACGAGUUUAUUAUUUACGCUGAAAUAUCAUCAUAGCCUUUCGACACGCCUGGUGGGAGUAGUCGAUAAACAUUUUGGUCCCACGUUUCCGACUAGGUAUUUAAAGUGAAAAAAAAACUCUGGUUCCUGUCUCGACCGAACUGAGAGGCAAAAGCGUCACACGAACGUCAACUAACGAUAUAGUCACGACCUGCUUAUUUCCAUCAAUAGCCGUUUGAGCGCCUGUAAGAGACAUCUCUUGAUCGGUGUUGAUCACGUUGCGAUGCGACCUCGUUACAAUGCACAGCGCAAUUGAAAUUGUUGUGACCACUUUCAAACAGUUACUCGAAAAAUUCAAGAGCCCUUGUUUUCGAUUUUGGCACUGGCAAUCAGGUGUAAUCAAAAUACUUUUAAUUCACUUAUCAAGAAAAAUCGUUUAAAUGGGAAACCACUAAAUGAAUACCACCUUUUCGUGAUCACGGUCACAAAACCGUGACAAUUUCCUAUUUUUAAAAGUUCUAAUUUAGUUUUGAAUUUUUUAAAUGGGGUUAACAUCAGAUUUCAGUUUUUUUUCCCAUUUGCGUUAUUAAUUAAAAAGAUGGCUAACGUAAGUGCACAACACCUUAAAGAUGAGUAUUCUCUUCAAUCGAAAGUCAUGAAGCAAAACCUAGCAAAUUGAAAGCAAAACUGAAAGGAAACCUUUGACGCAGAACAAGGGCACUACUGUUUCCUGACGACACGAACAACAGUGAUGACAUUUAAUUCUGAAAAUAUCAGUUCUGAUAGAUGAUGAAACCACCAAUAUGUGUUAAAUAUAUUGCUUCAGAAUUAAAUUAUCCAUUACAUCACUCAGAAUAUGUAGAGCAAAACUUUACAGGAGCUCAAUGUGUUGUAUUGCUUCGUCACGCGCGAUUGCUUUGCUUCGCUUAUCGGACUCAGUAAUACGUUAGUCGUUUAUUUAUUGCCAUACCCGAUCAAGACUAUAAUAAGAACAUCAGAAUAUGCGAAAUUCAUCGAACAUUGUGAAGGCUUUUUGUCAACAUAUGCCUCCAAGAUUCUAUUUCCCGAGCAAUAGAUAAUCAUAAAUACAUUCUCAUAGAUUUAGCCGUAAAGUAUUCCUUGAGUCAAUUAAGUUUAUUUAACCAUAAAUCAUCAUGUCAUCGCACACUUGCGGUUUCCAUGGUAAACAAGCUUCGAUAGAGGAUAACAUAGCUGCGUGCAAAACAACACGUAUCGUUUGCAAAUCACAAACCGCUGCGCUAAGGCUUUGACACAGGGCACAUGAACUUUUUGCUACUAGUUUUUUAAAUUUUAUCAUGGCAAUUUCAACCUAAUCUGAAACCGCAAGGCCUAAAUAGUGGGUAGCAAACAAACACAUUUACUUAGAAACACUAGGAUUCCAUUUAAGCUCUUAUAAGAAUCCGCUUCAUCAAACGACCUUGAAAUGAAUCUAUGUUUAAUCCUAGGAUCCUAGGGAAUGGAGGGGGUGGGGGGGGGGAAGAGCGUUCGGUUGGAAAAGCACGGAAGAAAGCUGAUUGCAAUUUUUAAGGGUGCGCACUGCAUCGCCACGUGAGAAAGUGUGUGCGAAAAACCCUUGCCCAGAAACAGGGGGAUGAACUCGCCUUCUAAAAACUCCUUCCUGAGAAAAAGAGAUACGGACUAUAAGUAAUUAAUUUGCGUGCCGCUUCCUUUCUAAUGUCUACUGAUAGUCACUGAGUGGAACAGAAGUACCGUUCUAUCCGGUCUCUCCAAAGUUGAUCAACUUGGCUUGUAAAAAGUGCCCGGCAGGAUUCUCCACAGUGUGCAACCAAAAUGAACAAUCUCGUUGCGUAAAAUGCGCUGAAGGAACAUACUCUGAGCACGCCUCUCGCCGCGGAACAUGCAAACGUUGCGCCAGAUGUGGUUUGAAUGAAUUCGAGGUCCUUCCUUGCACUCUGACGUCGAAUGUUGUUUGCAAAGAAUGCAGCACAUGUCCUCCUGGAUUUGGGGUACUGAGGCCUUGCGAAAAGACAAAAGACACAGUCUGCAAGAGAUGCCCUUUUGAUAAAGAUGGAAUAGGGAUCUAUGAGGACACAGAUUGCGGCAGAGGUGGAGGUGAGGGUAAUCUUAGGUGUUUUUUGCGGAGAAGAUUACGUAUGUGCUUGGUAUGAUGGUUUGUGUCUGCUUACGAGAGUUGACCUUUAGUUGGUGUUAAUUCCGAAAAAUGUUUUAGCUCUGAAGGUUAUGCUUUAAGAAUAGUGUGAUGAGAAGGGGAAAACUUCAAGUUGUUGAAUGAGAGAAGUGUAAGGGUUAAAACCAAGUGAUUUUUUUGUAUUACACGAGGCGAUCAUCAUAAAAUAUCUUCUGAGUUAUUGAUUUUCCCCGGAUUAAAAAUUUUCUUUUUUCAUAUAGAUUACCUUGUCCACAAUAGAAGCAGACAUCACGAAGAGACGAAAGACCGUGUGACUGUUGUAAGAGCUGAGAACCCUUGGGUAGAUGGCAGAAGGAAUCCCAAGUUUCAACACAAAUUGCCGGUUGCUGACAAAGAAGCAGACGAAAAACUCAUCGUACCCGGGGUUCAUUCUGUAAGCCCUUCCCCUCCAAGCUUAUUCUCGUCGAGGACGCCAACUGAUGCAAUUGCACGGGGAACAUUUCUCAUAAUUUCUCCCGUUGAUAGUUUGCCUGCGUCGUCUCCACAGACAGAGAAAACAGUUUACGACAGGCGACACCCAACAGAUCAUGAAGUGCAAGGAGAUGAUGGGAACAUUCCUCAAAGUUUAUCGCAGAAGACUGGUCACAACAGUACAGACACAGCGAAUCCGCGUAGGAUAUCUUCCGUUUCGUCAUCGGAGUCUCUCAACGCUAAUGAUUUUGGAAUGGACGAAGAGCUGGAGCAUAGCACAAAGUCUCCCCAGGAAAAAGGUUAGAUUUAAAUUCUCUGUUUCUUAUGCUGUCCCUAAAUCAACUGUUAGGUUCUAAUUGAGUAUUGUGAUGGAGGUUUUGAUAUGCAUUAUCACUUCAGGAGGCGGAUUUAAAUUGGGUACAGAAGGGGUGGUGGGCGACAACAUGGACAAGGAAGUGAUGCUUCCCGAGCCGAACUCUGCAAAUGACCAAGAGAUUUUCCCACACACUCAACACUGGCAGUGGAUUGUGAUUGCAGUAGUUGUUGUCGUUGUGCUAGUGGUUGCAUCGGCACUCAAUCGACUGAAACGCUCCAAGAAAACUAAUGGUAAGAUUUCUGCUUUUUAAGGAAACUGUGACUGAUAAAAUUCCUCUGAAGACGUAUUAUUUCACUGUCUAAAGAGCAAUUCAUGUUUCUUGGAUAAAGGACUUGAUUCAUGCAUUCAAAGCAGAUUUCCAUCACUGCCCUCAGUAUGACAGAUGUUUCCACUUCUUCGCAGGCCGAGUAAUCGUUUUUGACACUAAAAGUGUCGGUCAAGUGAUUUCUGUCGUUGUGCAAGUUAAUAUGGUAAUUAUUUUAUCGACAGGGCGCCUCUUUGUCUGCCCCCGGUUAGACUGCAGACGUCCGCGUUGUAUGACGCCAUCCGACUGCUGUGAUAGCACAUCAAUAUCAAGUGCUGCAGGUUCAUGGGCUGAAGAGGUGUGUCUUGAUUCCGUCCGCAUAGAUUGACUUUAACAUUUUGUCUUAUUGUAGUCAGUAAAGUAUGCUACCUGAAGUGCGGGAAUCGCGACUGAAUAAGUCCUGACUGGUUUUAAUUUUGCGUCUGAUUGGUCGAAGGGGUAGCACGAGUUUUCUAGACCAAUCACAGUGCAGAGUAAAACAAAACCAAUGCAAUUUCUUUCGACACUAGAAUUAAACAAUUUGCUCUAUUUUCACAUUCACUUGCCUAUGUUACUGGCAGGGUGCAAAUGUCAUAGGAGUGCCUGUUGACGUACAUGAGUCUGAUUCAAACCAACCUACGCUACACACCUUCCUGCCCUCUGAAAACACUAUUGUAGCCGCUGAUGUCCAUCAUACCACAGUAUUUGAUGUGUUCAACAUAAGGUACGUCAUCAAGCUAGUUUAUUUGAUAAUUUGAGUCAUGGAGAUCAGAAAAAGGUUUGUCAAUGAUCAUUUGGUAAACGGGGCGCGUUGUAAAGUGGGUACAAUAGUAGUACAGAGCGGGAAAAAAGGAAGUGUGAUACAGACGGGUCUCAUAGGCGACCUGACUCAACUCAAACCUCUACAAUAUCGCGUAUUCUCCUCUUUCCGGUCUGAUUUACCAACUGAACGCGUGGAAUAGGCUAAAACCUUUGUCGUCAACUUGAAAUAUACUUUUUGGAGCCGUUCGCAUGCUCCUUCUAUUUGCCCUAGAAAAAUGAAAAAAAAAAAACAUCUUGCAAUUUCGUCAGUUAUUUAGAAUAAUUACUUGACCUCAUGUUACUUAUGACUUUUCAUCGCGUAAACGUUUCAACCGACUGUAAGCUUUACUCAACUGUCCAAGGAGAAUGCAAAAUAAAAAAGUAAUUGGGAGGUACAUUAUAGUAGUUGAAUGAAAAAAGUUGAGGAGUGACAAAACCUUCUGCCUCUUGUUUGAGAGAGUGCUGGAGAACGUGAGGAGGGUUUAUAGCUCUAAAUCUAAUAACUAUCAAAUGCCACUUCAUGAUAACAGGUCGCUAAGAUAUCUUACUCAAGCAGAAGCCACGCUCGACAGCACUGGUGGGAAGUUGUCUGCGCCAGAUUCCGAUGUGACGAUUGCAGUUGAUAGUGGUACGGUCCCAGAAGGAACUCACCAGAAGUUUUUCUUCCGAGUGGUCUAUGACGAAACCUCUCUAUUGCGGGACAUCCCGGAAACACCUGAUAGGACGCUAAUUUCCCCCGUGAUUGAGUGUGGACCACACGACAUCAACCUGCUUAAGCCGGUUGAAAUCACUGUUCCACAUUGUCUGUUCUUUGACGAGAUUAAGAAAGACUCGAUAGCUGUUUACAGAUGUGAGCAAUAUUCUGACAAAGGUAAGUUCAUGAUCAUUUACUCCUGUAUAUUUCCCGUAACACAUAAAUAUAGCUGGAAAUGGUGUUUUAAACUAACGCUUGAUAUUAGCAUAUGUAUUAAGAAGGUCUAAGACCAUACCAUUCUGAAGCUUUUUCGCGCAAAAACAGUCGAUGGAGCGUGGCUAAGCUCACGGUCGGAAAGAAGAGAACAAGAUAACAAACCAAUGAGCGUCCACAAAAGUAUAGAUGACUUGAAAAAAAUUUAAAGAAGGAAAGAGGUGUUCUGUGAUCAUUUUAACUAUUAUGUGAUGGGGAGUGGCAAUAUUUUUAGUCACAGCUACCGCUCUGACAUUGGGAUAAGUUUUCAGUUGUGCCCAUUUAGACUGAAUGCAGUGCUAUGGAUAGAUCAGCUUUAAGUAAACAAAAAUAUACACUGCACAAUUAUAAUUAUAGUUAUGUUUUUAAAGGAACAAUCCAAUGGGAAAAGGUUCCAUCAGCAUCGGAGAAAAAUGGCCAAUGUAAGGCAUGGUUCACGGUAAAAAAAGAUUCCAUCCACAUUAAAACAAAAACCUUCUCUUUUUGGAGCAUUUUUGCAUGUGGUGGAUCAAAAAAGAAGAGAGCGACUGUUUUCUUCAGCAGACCAAGCCCAUCAAGCGAUUUGAUUUAUCUCAGGUUCUACAUCUACGGUGAUAGCGAGGAUUCAAAGAAGGUAGGUGAUCAGAAGGCUUAUAACCCCUUCGAUUUUGGAUACAAAAGUUCUCAGAAUUGAAGGAAGGGUGAUACACAGAUGCCUAUCAUUGCGCGUGUCUCUGUCUAAAUUCGAACCCAAACCUAUCCCGAAUUCGCGAUAGGAUAAUAUAACAAUUGAGCUAUAUGAACAAUUUGCAAGGCCAUAUAAUAAAUGCGUAGGUAUAGCAAGAGUUUUGCAUACUUCUAGGCUCAGCAAUGUUCUAGACGCGGAUUUUGAAGUUUGAUCAUUCGGGAGAAAGUAGUUCUGAAAAAGAUUUUUUUUCCCGUAGUAUAUAGUCUCCGACGUUUCGGCAAUAUUAGCCGGAAGUCAUAUUCAUAGUCAACAAGAGAAUAUCGACAGUUGAUAUUCUCUUGGAGUCGACUGUAAAAAUUUCAUAUAUGGAGAUUUUUUUUUUAAUUUACGCAGGUGAGUGAUAAAAAUGAAGGACUGUUAAACAAAUCUUUCCCUCUUCCCAGAUCGCUCUUAAGUUCGAGACUCCAACGCAGUUUCCUUGAGUCGUGUAUCUCGUUAAACGAGGACGUUAUCAGAUUUCAUUUCAAUGAAGUGCUGAAUGUUGUUCUACAUUCAGGCCUCAUUCAGAUGCAUCUCUAUUGAAAUAAUCUUAAAUAUCAUAUCAGAGACGACAAAUGUUAACGAUUUUCCCGUGAAAUAAUUGUGCGCAAUCUUUUUGUAUACUACAGCGAGUUGAAACACGAGACAAAGAACGUUUUCCAGACUCGUGGAAGGCAGCUAAGGAGAAACCUUGCACGAUACAUAAUGGCGGUAACAAUAUCGCUGUGAAACUCACAGAGAUUCAAGACGGAUGGGAGCUCGACAAGACUGGAGCUAUUCAGGUAACUAUGAUUUAAUUAUAAAUUAGAAAAAAUAAUAACCACAUAUACGUCUCUCUUGCAUGAUCCCGUAUGAUGUUGUGUAUUGAGUCGGUUUGUUGAGUAAAUACUGUUUGAAACGCUUGUCGCUUCAAAGGCGAACACUGUCAUGCAAAUUCGUAAUUGGUAUUGUUACAAUUUUAUGGUCAUUAGUUAUUUAUUGUUUAUACGCAAUGUAGGGAGAAAAGGACGAAUGGAGAGGGGGGGGAGGGUGGGGGUCUCCUUUGGUGCCUGUCUAAUAAUUAUGAUUAAAAGAACACCGGUAUGCUCCUAGAUUCCGAAAAGACGCUGAUAUAGGACCCCCUUGUCAAAAAGUCUUGCUUUCGCCACUGCUUUGUACGAAAGAGAGAGGCCGUCAAAGGCUUUUGAUUAUAACUAACACGUGUAUUUCUUUAAUGUUUCUUCUUACAGACAUACCCUUUCGAGAUCGCGUAUCGCAAUGGAUUUCGUUCCAGUGACUCAUGCGAUUUUGCUGUGAAACCCACAGGAAAAAAUGUUAAACCAUUUUCAUGUGUUCUUUGGUUCCAGCAGGAGGAAACCAACAAAGAAUACACGAUCUAUCUAAACCCAGGCUAUGACCUACGCGAGGUAACGUAUCCAUGUUGUCGCAUAAUACUCCUUCCCCAAUCGAACUCUAGUAGUGUAAAUUUUGACCCCAGAGGUAUGGCAUUCGUACUUCGGUCGCACUCGCACUCGCACUCGCACUCGCACUCGCACUCGUAUCCAGUCGUUUAACACUCGAACUUCGGUCGCCAAGCUUUCGUACCCAAUCAUCUUGCAUUCAUACUCCAGUCGCAUAGCAUUCGCACCCAGUCGUAAAAUAUUCGCGCUGCAGAGGCACGCCAUUCGAGACUUGUUCUAACCACUUUCUCGAUAUCUGAGCUGACUAAACUUUCGUGAUGUAAACGUGAGAUAAUCGAAACAAGAAGCAAUCACGUGAGGGAUCAAUAUCAGUAUCUGGGUAACUGCUCACCUGCUCCUCCCCUAACCCAAAAUUAACCCUAAGUUGUUAUCAAUAGACUGUUGUUGGGUUAGGGGAGGGGUAGGUGGGCAGUUGCCCAGAUACUGAUAGUACGUGAGCAUAAAAACCUGGUUGAAAGAUAAAGGAGAAUCAGUUAGAAGGUAGGUGGUCAUUAUUAUUUCUUUUUUUUCUUCUUAUUUAUGAACUUUCUCUGCAUACAGACUAUUCCCUCGUCUUCCAACGAAAUCCAGCCCUCAAACGACGCAAGCGUGAUAGAAGAAAGCCUUGCUUCAGAGGGGCAAGAGGAAUGCGAAGGCAGCCGAAAUAUUGAAAACGGAGCAAAUACAGGUUGGCAAUGUAGCCAUUGUUUUUGUUACUGUUAGUUGACAAAGUUAGGAUAAUCCUCAAGAAAUCAUAGUUCGAAUAUGGAACAUGUUGUAUAACGCUGCUUUAAGAAACAGUUCAGAGAGAUGUAACAUCAUUCCUUCGAUACUCAUGGAUUGAUAAAUGUUCUAGAUAUAAGUUUAAAUACAAGUUGUUCUGAAAAAUGAGUUUGUUUUUUCUUACAGUAACUGCAGAUGUUACAGGAGAUGCUUUGAGGCAAAGUUAUGCCUCGUUAGGCAGUAAUGACGAGCCUGUCACAGAAAGACACUUACUUUGCGUACAUCAAAGGAUUGCGAGAUGGGAAACAGUUCUUCGGUAUCUGGGCUUGGAGAAUGUCAGAAUAGAAGUUCUAGACGCGGAAAAUAGGACAAUUUCGGAAAAAUGUUAUCAAGGGCUCCUAAUAUGGAUGAGAGGGGAAAGGAAUGCUUCGACGAGAGAGCUUUGUGACGCCUUGCAACGCGCAGAUUGUCGGGAAGCGUUGGAUCAGUUGUCGAGAGAGGGUGAGUUAAAUUUUGCAAGUGACGACCACUUCAUCCCUCAAAUUUCAAAUUUAUUAAAUGUUUAAGGGAUACAUGCAAGAACUUUAAGGAAACAAUGGCAUUCAUGAUACCUGCUACUAACGUGAGGUAUGACUCAUUAUUCCGGCUUACCUCGGUGUAGAAACUUUGCAAUUUUUCUUUGUUCUGUCAGUGUUAUGUUCCUAAGCUCUGUUGUUUUGAAUUGUUUUGCAUAAUUGAUUUGUCGUAAGGUGUAAGCAACAGAAAGAUUUGAUCAUAUGUACAGUCUCCUCUCCCAACAUGACCAUUAAUUUGAUCUUUUGUCAUUUAAGGGUUAGUAAAAGAGGAACAGGCUAAAAUCACAGAUGAAAAAAAUUCAAAUAACUGGACAACUGUGUGAUACGGAGCAUCCUGUGAGACUCUGACCAUGGAUCCUAACAGUCAGUUGGAAGAAACAUGACAGUGAGUUCCUCGUUUGCUUUUCGACUCAAGAUUCCUCUUCUUCGAAGUCGGUGAUACCAAAAAGGAAGAAUAACUCCUAUCUCGGCAAUCGGAUGAACUCAACGGAUUUAAAUUUCAGUAAAGAAUGCCACAUAAAGCUGGAAAACCUUAGAAAACAAGGAACUUUGCAAGCAGCCAACGUUUUCAUGCUUUAGUUGAACACAUUCGUCGAAACUUAACUCGUUCCAUCGACUUAUGCAUGUCUCAACUCAUGCUCAGGUGUGAACAAAAUCUAUAGACGGGGCAAGUUUCUAUAGAAACUGUGGUGCCGCAUCGGUGGGAGAGUAUAACAAAACAAUUUGGUAUUAUCAACUGAGUUGAUGACGAAAAUUGGCCGCCGAAACGGUUUCAAACCUGCGUUUCGAGCGUUAGCCCUUCGUCGGAGCGAAUGGCUCUACAACGUUUUAAUCUCCAAUCGCACGUCUCCCUCCACUUAAAUAUCUCUUAUUUAUGAUCUUUUUUCAAGAUUUUCUGAUUAAAAGAAUUCAAAGACUUAUCAGCUUUAAAAUUUCAUCCAUAUCGCAGAAAUUAUAUGUCGUAUUUCUAAAAUUCUUAGUGAUGCAUACACGAACUUUCUACUAUCAUAUACAAGGAACUUUCUGGAACAUUUUCUUAGGUUAUGUUUUUAUGAUGUAAUACCAGAAAAAUUGUUGUGUUGUAGUCUUCCGAAAGUUCCAGAAUACGUUUUAAAUGUAUAUAAGGACUCAGUCGUCGAAAUAAUUGUUGCUGUUGUCGGGAGAGAAUGAUUGUCUGGAAAGGUAAACCAAGAGAGAACUAUUGUGGACGAUCGUACAUUUCAGGGAUAUUUGAAGACAACCGUGAGAUUUUGUCAGUGGUGAGCUAAAUUAAUUAUAGUCCGCAAUAGGCUUAAGUGAGUUUAUUUAGGAUAAUUACUGUAUUGCCUUCAAAAGUUUCUCCUCGGUAAGAAAAUCACAUGUUGAUUAAUAGAGUAGGUGAGUUUGCAGGAGUAUAGUGUUCUUUCUUUCGACUAAAUUAUACUGUAAUACUG